GCGAAGGGGUUAAUCUUAAGUGUUGGCAUCGAUUUAGGCACGACUUACUCCUGCGUCGGAGUGUUUCUCAAUGGGAAGGUGGAAAUCGUGGCGAACGAUCAAGGAAAUCGUACGACGCCGAGCUACGUCGGAUUUACCGACACGGAGAGGUUAAUCGGAGACGCAGCCAAGAACCAAGUGGCCAUGAAUCCGACGAACACGAUCUUCGACGCGAAGAGACUGAUUGGCAGACGGUACGACGAUUCAUCAGUCCAGGCUGACAUGAAACAAUGGCCAUUCACCGUGGUGAACGACGCAGGAAAGCCGAAGAUUCGAGUGCAGUACAAGAACGAGACGAAGACGUUCUUUCCCGAGGAGGUCUCGUCGAUGGUCCUGACGAAAAUGAAGGAAACGGCGGAAGCUUAUUUGGGAAAGUCCGUGACGAACGCGGUGAUUACGGUACCGGCGUACUUCAACGAUUCCCAGCGGCAGGCUACCAAGGACGCCGGUACUAUCUCCGGCUUGAAUGUCCUGAGGAUCAUUAACGAGCCGACUGCCGCCGCUAUUGCUUACGGCCUCGACAAAAAGGGACGCGGUGAAAGGAACGUUCUGAUCUUCGAUCUUGGCGGCGGUACUUUCGACGUAUCGAUACUCACUAUCAACGACGGCAUAUUCGAAGUGAAAGCAAUCUCCGGCGACACUCACCUGGGCGGCGAAGAUUUCGACAGUCGCAUGGUGACAUACUUCGCGCAAGAGUUCUCGAGGAAGUUCAAGAAGGAUCUGACGAAGAACAAGCGGGCACUUCGCCGACUGAGGACCUCCUGCGAGCGGGCAAAGAGAACCUUGUCCUCGUCGACUCAAGCCAACAUUGAAAUUGACUCGCUGCUAGAUGGAAUCGACUUCUACACGUCGAUCACGCGAGCUCGCUUCGAGGAGCUGAACCAAGAUCUCUUUAAGAGCACCUUGCAGCCGGUUCAGGAAGCUCUGCGAGACGCGAACACGGAUAAAUCGAAGAUUCACGAUAUCGUUCUCGUCGGCGGUUCCACCAGGAUCCCACGAAUCCAGAGACUUCUUCAGGAUUUCUUUAACGGAAAGGACCUAAACAAAUCGAUAAACGCGGACGAGGCAGUGGCGUACGGCGCGGCCGUACAGGCGGCCAUUUUGCAGGGUGACAAGUCCGAGACUGUUCAGGACCUGCUACUCCUCGACGUGACUCCGCUGACCCUCGGGAUUGAGUGCGCUGGCGGUGUGAUGACCGCCCUCAUCAAACGCAACACCACCAUCCCGACCAAGCAGACCCAGACUUUCACUACCUAUUCGGACAAUCAGCCGGACGUUCUGAUCCAGGUUUACGAGGGCGAGAGGGCGAUGACCAAAGGCAACAACCUCCUGGGAAAAUUCGAGCUUACCGGGAUCCCCCCUGCGCAUCGUGGCGUGCCUCAAAUCGAAGUGACCUUCGACAUCGACGCGAACGGUAUCUUGAACGUGUCAGCGGUGGAGAAGUCGACGCAUAAGGAGAACAAGAUAACGAUAACCAACGACAAGGGACGGCUCAGCAAAGAGGACAUCGAGCGAAUGGUGAACGAAGCGGAAAGAUACCAAGCGGAGGAUGAAAUACAGAAGGAGAGGAUCACGGCGAAGAACAACCUCGAGUCGUACUGUUUCAACAUGAAGAACACGAUCGAGGACGAGAAGGUCAAGGGGAAGAUCGACGAAGCUGACAGGAAACGCAUCGCUGAUAAGUGCAACGAAAUUAUCAAGUGGCUGGAUGGCAACGCUUCCGCUGCCAAACAGGACUAUGAGUCUCAAUUGAGAGACGCUGAAAAAAUUUGCAAGCCUAUCAUCGCGAAAUUUUACAAAAGAGCCGGUUCCAGCGGCCAAUUUGAAAGUCCUACAGACGGUCCAACCAUAGAGGAAGUAGAAUGA